CUGAGAUCACUUGCGAGUAGAAGAAGUCACUGUCAUCUACAUUUGGAAGGGCUAGCAGAAGACUCAUUCUGCACUAGAUAAACAGUGCGGUCCUCGAUUCAGCUGUAGACAAUGAAAUUUGUUGGCUUCCAACCUCUAUUUGUGAUCCUUGCAUUGAUCAAAGAAUCCUACUCUUUCACGACACGAGAUUCCUUUUCCACAGGUUCGAGAACUACCAUGUCCGCUGCGACGGAGACCGAUGAUGCUAACAAGGUGGAAGAGGGGAAUCUCUUGGUGUCGCUUGGUGACAAGCUUGAUUGCGAUGCUACCAAAAACAUGCCGAAACUCAUCUUGGCAAGUCAGAGUCCACGGAGACGUGAAAUUCUGGACAUGAUGGGAUUGCGCGAAGAUAAACAAUACCUCGUAGAAACGUCGCCACUCGACGAAUCCAAAUUACAGGUAGAGCUUGGCAAAGAGGAAUUGACUUCGAUCGAAUACACUCGUCGAUUGGCAGAAGCAAAGGCAAUCGCGCUGGCAGAGGCUCACGUUGCAGAUAGAAAGGAGAUGGGAGUCGCUUAUUAUCUUGGAAGCGACACCAUCGUCGAGCUCGACGAGUCGAUUCUGGAGAAACCAAAAGAUGCAGACGAUGCGAAGCGAAUGUUGAACCUAUUGAGCGGCCGUCAACACCAUGUUCACACCGGAGUUGCAUUGUAUCGGCUCGAUAGCACGAACCAGAUAACCUUGGUAGAUUCCUUUGUCGAUACCGCGUGUGUGACGUUUACGGACCUCAGCGAUGCAGAUAUCGAUGCCUACAUAAUAUCUGGAGAACCAAUGGACAAAGCAGGAUCGUACGGUAUUCAAGGCAUAGGUGGCCAAUUUGUGAAAGAGAUCAGCGGUGACUUUUUUGCAGUGAUGGGUUUACCUAUGCACAGGACUAGUAAACUUGUUGCGAAAGCCCUCCAGGCCGAAUAAAAUCUACGUAUAUUCUAACUUCGACGUCAGCAAUGGUAUGGUUCAUUUAUUUCUAUCGAAUGAAAGUGAUAGAGAAAGAACUAGUAUCGUGUGCAUUUUCUUGAGAACGGGGAUCACUUUUUUUGUAUUUUUAAUGACAAAGAAGCAAAGAAUGUCAUUCCAUCACCCUAUCCUAGUGAUAAGUUAAAGAGAGUGCUUCUCAAUACACAGUUCGUUUCGAUUGCCAUUGGCAUUCCAACUUUUCGUCACCUAGUAUGCCGCGGCGUCUCCGUGGGAUUCAUUCCCCUCGGUUUUCUGGGAAAAAACAAUCGCUUGCCACCAAAAUUCUCUUAAUUCUUUUGGAUUAUCCUUGUAUCGCUAUACAACAAGUACAAUUCAAUUCAGGGUAGUAUUCAGUGGAGUAAACUACAACAUUCAAACCGAUGAUGAAACAAGUACGGUGCGGUAGAAAUGUACGUGCUACAUACUAGUUUGAUCAUUUGACAUCCACUACAGAAUUCUAAAUUUGAUCGUGAUUUUCUAAAUCCCGUCUCCAGGUGUUUCCUCAUGAACAAAUCUCAUAGUAUUGA